AUGGUUCUGUCGAUUCUGGCCGUGCUGAUUAUAUUAUCUUCGGCGACACUAGGCUGCUUCUGUCCCGUCUUUCGCCUGCAUGGCGAUCGUGAACCCAAACAGCCUCAACACGGCACUACCGGUGGUGCGACCUGUCUCUCCGGGGCGCCGAAUGAAAUAUGGUGUUACGGCGAAGAGUGUUACCAGAUCAUGAAAAAAUACCUUUUGCUGCGGGAGAAACUCCGUCCAUAUGUCCGCGAGCUCAUGGCCCAAGCACACAAUAAGGGCACGCCCGUGAUCAGGACGAUGUUCUUAGAGUUUCCUGACGAUAAGAAGUGUUGGGAGGUCGAGGACCAGUAUAUGUUUGGUCACAAGUACCUUGUGGCGCCGGUCAUGUAUCUGGGCAUGACAAAGAGAGAUGUGUAUCUGCCCAGAGGGGCCAAGUGGAAGAGGUUUGAUGAUGGGGAGGUCCAAGAUGUAAAGACCCUUGAGGGCGGGACGCAGGUCGAAGCAGAUUGUCCAUUGGCUGUGAUGCCGGUUUUUGAGCGGGUUUGA